GCUUGACAUUUCAAAAAUCUGUCAGUGCAAAUGACGCAUUUUUAAAAAUGUGUUUCAUUCACGAAAACCAUGCAAAAUUUAUCGAAAAGGCACUUGUCUCGUCACAGUUUCUACCGAGUGUUUAUUCCGCAAUUCCCACACUUGUUUUCCUCAUAUCCUCGUUUAUUCUCCUCUACCAACACUUGCAUCGCAACACCACCCUCCAUACCAAGUGGAAAACAAGAGUUUCAAGAGAUUUGAAAUUUCACUGGAUCUAUUUCAAUGCAACGAGACUUUGGUACAUUUCCAUGUCCUGCUUCAGAAGAUUAAUUGCCGUCGCUGAAGAAUAUAUAGACAUAAAUAUGGCUGAAAAAGAAAAACAUUUUAAUCUAAUGAUGACCUAUAUUGCCUCCACGGUCAUCAUCACAACAUUGGCGAUACUACCUAUUUUUCUGAUUUACGUCAAUUAUUGGUCGAAAUACGACAUGCCCAACUUUCUGAUGUGGGUGAUGGAGGACCCGUACAUACGCCACGAGAUCGGAAUCUCCGGUCAUUGUCUGGAACGUCCCUUGAGAAUCGACACGAAAAAGCUGAAAAACUAUCCGUACCGGUCCAAAAGGUCGACCAGCUUCGACACAAACCCGUGGUUGGCCCAAAAACCAGCAGUGAUUUGUAGAAAUUGUAAAUCGAUGAUCGAAAACAAUGUUGUGAAUUCAGUAGAUGAGCUGAUUGAUAAAUAAAGUAAUGCCGAAUGAA